CUGAUCCACGUCUUCGACAUCGAGUUGGAAGAGCUCGACGACUGUGUGGACGAGUUUUUGGCCAAAAACACAUCACUCGUGGAUCAGUGCCGACAACUCCUCCUCCGAGUCCACAGCCAUAAGACACACCACAACUACGCGAAGACAUUGGGCACCGGAUUGGCCGGCGCUGGAGGGCUGGCGCUCAUCGGCGGAGUGGCGUUGACUCCAUUCACGGCCGGACUGUCGCUAAUCGUGACCCUCGGGGGCGCUGUGGCCACAGCCGCCGGAACCGCUACCACUCUGGGAACAGAUCUGGUGGACCACGUGAUCACUAAGAGGUUCUUCGAGGCGCUGCACGCGUUGGCCACCGAACGCAACGAAUCCGCCCAACGAUUGGCCGCUAAGUUGUCGGCCUUCGACGCGGCGCUGAAGAAGAGGUUCCGUUUGAAUCGCGUGAACGAUGUCUUCGACGACGGCUUCGGUUUUGUGACACUAAUCCAGUUGUUGUCGAAGGACUCGCUGGCAGUCUAUCGGAUGGGCGCCGAGUCGUUGAAACUGUUGGACGCAAUCAAACAAUACCACGCAAUACAAGCGGCCAAAGCGGCCACAGAUAUGGCCGGCGGAGGGGUCGCUGUGUUGCACACUAUCGGCCAAACGCUGACCGCCGGCGCCACACAUGCAUUUGGCACCACUUUGAGGACAGCGGGCGCGACGACUGGCAAACUGGUGCUAUCGGGAGGAGUGGCGGCACUCGGGCUCGUGUUGACGGUCGCGGACGCCAUGUUUCUGGUGAAGGACUGGCAUAAAGCGCACCCGACUGUGGAGGCCAUCGACGCCCUCAUCAAAGACCUGGAGACCGAUCACCAGUUGAUUGAGUCAAUCCAUACGAUGAUUACGACGGCAUUGAAAGCGGAUGUCGUCGACAAUCAACUCAUCGAUGAUAUAAUCAAAGCUAUUCUCACCAAAAGUACCCCAAAAGAGGUCAAAGACAAUGAGUUUGACUGA